AUGUCGGGAAAAGUUCAAGAUGCUGUAGUGGCCGAGGCUCAAACAGCACGGGCUGUUGUCCAGGAUAUUAUCAUGUCUGGGGCAUACCUGUAUCCCUUGAAGGGGAUCAUAUUCUUCGGAACACACAAAGAGCUCUGGGGUCCCUUCAUCUCCCGCGCCGGACAGACCAUCACACUCGGAGUAGGUGUUACAAGCGUGAUGUUUUUCUUCACAUACGUGCCUCAGAUUGCGAUCAUGGCCUUCACCAGUGGCCCGCUAGCCGCCAUUUCCGCCGCGAUACUCGUCCUCGGCGAAAGCUCCGCCAUCACAAACUUUCUAUCACGCGCCUUCUUUGUAGAAGACGCCCUCAUUGACACCUUUGAUGGUACUCUCGUUGCCCGCGACCAGGAACCUCUUGUUGCACAAGGACGCCAAAUCAAACCUCGUUCGGGAGGAAUGGAUGCAGUCGCCAGACUAGGGAAGAUGUUCAGUCGGCCGCUUGCGCGUAUGAAACCACGGGCGCUGCUGCGAUCUCUGCUCUACUUGCCACUGAACCUGAUCCCUGUGGUCGGGACGAUGUUGUACAUCUUUGUGCAGGGAAAGAGAAUUGGACCGGGGUUCCAUGCCAGGUAUUUUCAACUGAAGGGUUGGAACUCUCAGCAGUGCGAGGAAUGGGUGGCGAGCAAGCGGGGAGCAUACACAGGACUCGGCAUCGCAUCGUGUGUAUUGGAAAUGGUACCAUUUGCCUCGAUUUUGUUUUCAUUCACGAAUACUGUUGGCGCGGCCUUGUGGGCAGCCGAUUUGGAGAAGGCAACCAAGUAG